GUCCACUUACAAUUUUUUUGUCAUCUUCAUAAACAAACAAACAACCAUCUCUGCAAAGUUGGCUGAAAUCUCUUAAAAAAAAUCUUUCCGUUGUUCCAAAUUAUUCAUUUUUUCUACGAACAAUAAUGUCAGAAACAUCAAAGUCAGAGUCUUUAGAUCCAGAAGUCUCUGUUUCUGAAGGGUUUUGUUCCAAGACCUUGAUGCAGAGCAUUGUUCAUGAGCUGAAGCUGCAAAUGAGAAUUGGUUUGCCAUUGGUGGUUAUGAACUUGUUGUGGUUCGGUAAGAUGACCACCACAUCUGUGUUUCUUGGCCGUCAAGGUACGCUUAACCUAGCCGGAGGUUCAUUAGGGUUUUCCUUUGCAAACGUUACUGGCUUAGCUGUUUUAUAUGGUAUUUCUGCUGCAAUGGAGCCUAUUUGCGGCCAAGCUUUCGGAGCCAAGAACUUUAAGCUUCUCCAUAAAACCCUUUUUAUGGCAGUGCUCUUGCUACUCUUGAUUUCGGUACCGAUUUCUUUCUUGUGGCUCAAUGUUCACAAGAUACUUAUUGGUUUUGGUCAAAGAAAAGAUAUUUCCUUCAUAGCCAAGAGAUAUCUUCUCUACCUUCUUCCAGAGUUGCCAAUCCUCUCUUUGCUUUGUCCACUUAAGGCUUAUUUAAGCUCACAAGGUGUUACUCUCCCCAUCAUGUUCACAACAGCUGCAGCCACUUCUCUUCAUAUCCCCAUUAACAUAGUUCUCUCUAAGGCAAAAGGAAUUGAAGGAGUUGCUAUGGCGGUUUGGAUAACCGAUUUUAUUGUUGUGAUUCUUCUAACCGGGUAUGUGAUAGUCGCAGAGCGAUUGAAAGAGAACAAAUGGGAAGAAGGUGGCUGGUUGGACCAAAGUGCUCAAGACUGGCUCACACUGAUCAAGCUUAGUGGACCAUGUUGUCUCACCGUGUGCCUUGAGUGGUGGUGCUACGAGUUAUUGGUCCUUUUAACCGGGAGGUUACCAAACCCGGUGCAAGCUGUAUCGAUCUUGAUCAUAGUUUUCAACUUCGACUACUUGCUUUACGCGGUGAUGCUCUCUUUAGGCACGUGUGUGGCAACAAGAGUGUCCAAUGAGCUCGGUGCAAAUAAUCCCAAGGGAGCUUAUAGAGCAGCUUACACUACACUCAUUGUGGGUGUUAUUUCAGGAUGCAUUGGAGCGUUAGUGAUGAUAACAUUUAGAGGUGUUUGGGGGUCUUUGUAUACUCACCAUGACCAAAUCAUCUUAAACGGCGUGAAGAAGAUGAUGCUGAUAAUGGCGGUUAUCGAAGUUGUAAACUUCCCAUUAGUGGUUUGUGGAGAGAUAGUCCGCGGAACAGCAAAACCUUCGCUUGGAAUGUAUGCAAAUCUUAGUGGAUUCUAUCUAUUAGCUUUGCCUUUGGGGACAACUUUGGCGUUCAAGGCUAAACAAGGGCUUGAAGGGUUCUUGAUCGGGUUAUUGGUUGGUAUCUCUGUCUGUCUCUCGAUAUUGCUCAUCUUUAUUGCGAGGAUAGAUUGGGAGAAAGAAGCUGGGAAAGCACAGAUUCUGACAUGUAAAACAGAGGAAGAACAAACUUCACAAGGUUCAGGACAAGAUAGAUAAGCUCAAGGACACUCAGAGAAGUAUCUUCUAGGUAGAUACUAGAGAUGUAGUCAAAUUUACCUUGUGAGAGUAUUACUCUUCUUGUUGCAACUAUAACAAUAUAUGAAUUGAGGAUUU